CCGCGCUCGGGCCCGGUGGCCUCCCGGAGACCCGCGGCGCGCGGCGACAUGGCAGGCGGCCACCGCCUCCUGCUGGAGAACGCGCGGCAAGUGGUGAUGGUGUGCGGCCGCGGCGAGCGCUUCCUGGCGCGGGACGCGCUGCGCAGCCUGGCGGUGCUGGAGGGCGCCAGCCUCGUGGUGGGCACGGAUGGCCUUAUAAAAGCCAUUGGUCCUGCUGAUGCGAUCCAAAAAAUGUUUUCCGAAGAAAGGUUUGAAGAAAGAAUUGACUGUUCUGGGAAAUGCAUCUUGCCGGGUUUGGUGGAUGCACAUACACAUCCAGUAUGGGCUGGUGAAAGAGUUCACGAGUUUGCAAUGAAGUUGGCAGGAGCCACCUACAUGGAUAUUCACCGGGCUGGAGGAGGGAUCAACUUCACCGUGGAGCACACUCGCCAAGCCUCGGAGGAGGAGCUGUUCUGCUCCUUCCAGGAGCGGCUGCAGCGCAUGAUGAGGGCGGGGACCACGCUGGUGGAGUGCAAGAGCGGAUACGGCCUCAACCUGGAGACCGAGCUCAAGAUGCUGCGCGUGAUUGAGCGUGCCCGGCGGCAGCUGCCCAUAGGCAUCUCAGCCACCUACUGCGGGGCUCACUCGGUGCCAAAAGGAAAGACUGCUCCGGAGGCUGCUGAUGAAAUCAUCAAUAGCCACCUCCCAAAGCUGAAGGAGCUUGGCAGAAGUGGGGAAAUCCAUGUGGACAAUAUAGAUGUGUUCUGUGAGAAGGGCGUCUUUGAUCUCAGCUCCACCAGAAGGAUUCUUCAAAGUGGAAAAGAGAUGGGAUUACAGAUUAACUUCCAUGGGGAUGAGCUGCACCCGAUGAAGGCUGCCGAGCUCGGGGCUGAGCUGGGAGCCCAGGCGAUCAGUCACCUGGAAGAAGUGAGUGAUGAGGGCAUCGUUGCCAUGGCAAUGGCCAGGUGCUCGGCCGUCCUUUUGCCCACCACGGCCUACAUGCUGAGACUGAAGCAGCCUCGCGCUAGGAAGAUGCUGGAUGAAGGGGUAAUCGUUGCUCUGGGCAGCGAUUUCAACCCGAAUGCGUAUUGCUUUUCAAUGCCAGUGGUCAUGCACCUAGCCUGUGUGAACAUGAGAAUGUCCAUGCCUGAAGCCUUGGCCGCUGCCACCAUCAACGCAGCUUAUGCCCUGGGAAAAUCUCACACACAUGGAUCUCUGGAAGUUGGCAAACAGGGAGAUCUCAUUAUCAUCAAUUCGUCCAGAUGGGAACAUUUGAUUUACCAGUUUGGAGGCCAUCAUGAAUUAAUUGAAUAUGUUGUAGCUAAAGGAAAAGUCAUCUAUAAAAAAUGAAAGAUCUGAAAGGAAAGAGAAGACCUUUCGACUAUAUAAGUCAAUGCAGUUGCAGUAAAAGUUAAAAUACCAUAGUAAUUUACCAGAGUGAUGUCACUUAAAUAUAUUUCAGUGCUUUGUUAAUCCACUUGAAAAAAACCAAGUCAUUAAUUUCUUUUAAUUUAACAUGUGCACCUGGACAUAUAAGCAGGUAAAUCAAUUGGAUCAUAAUCUCAGAACAUUAAAUCAUUUCACAGAGAUUUAUUACAAAUAUUUUGAAGAUUAAUAUGGUAGAGUAUCAUCAGAAUGCCUUCGUGGGGAAAAGCAAUUGGCAGUUAGGUAGACAUGGCUUGAAAUUCCCAUUUUGUUUGUGCUUUUCAAGUUUCAGUUUUUAAACUAUAGGAUGGUGAGAAAUCCAAGUGAUAUGCCCCCAAAUUAAGCAAAUGUAGCCUUCUAUUAUAAGCAGCUAGGUUGUCCUUUUCCCCACAUAGUUUGCCUUUCUAGAAGCUCUUCAAAUGCAUGAGUGUCCCCUGAGGGAGGGUGUCCUAUUUCUAAUUUCUUCUUGACUCUAAGAGUAGCGCUUCACAGCAGAGUUCAAGACUCGUCAUUUUAUACAUGGGGACGGGGGCCUUCCUAGAAUGGAUGCAUUUGGACCAAAUCUGAUAAUGUAAUUUUUUAAAAAUCAUUUUUAAGAGUUUGAUUAUUCACAUUACAAAUGUAUAACAAAAUUUUUAUAGCUCUCAAUAAAUAUGUGUUGUCACUAUUAUUGUUGUUUCCAGGCCCGGAAGUAGAUUGGUGGUAUUACCUAUUACAGCUUUUUAGGAAAUGAACAAAUUACAUAAUUACACAUAAAGAAAUUGUGGAUGACGAUAUAAAUAGGUGUUUCUAAAGCCAUAGAAAUGUUUUUCAAUGUUUAAUCAUCCUUAUAAUCACAAUGGUAUUAUUCAACUUUGUCCUGUUUAUGAAUAAAUGAUUUGAGAAGUAAAGAUUAACCAAAUUAUCACCCAUUUCAUGUUAAAAAUGGCUGAAUCAAUGAGGCUUUACUGUAUUCCAUUUAAAUCAAAUCAAAUUCUCCUUGUUGAGAGGUUAUGGGUAACAGUGCACGUUGCUGUCACUGUCUAGUAACAUGGGGUCAUCAGAGCUUUGUCCCUCAUAUGCUUGGUUAAGGAGUCUUGAGGGGGGUGUGGGAGGUGCAUGGGUGCUGUGGGUGAUGCCGCCCCUAUGACCAAGCACCUACUCAAUUGUAGGAGUUUGGGAUGCAGGCGAU